AUGGGUUUACCUGACAUCGUAUACAGCUUCGUCUUUAUUGUGGCAGCUGAUUUAAGAAACCAAACUAAACGCAAACUUCAUCAGACAGCAGACUCAUCUCCAAAGUCACCUAUUUUUGGUGGAUACAUAGCAGCUACAGGAUUGAUAACUGUGAUCACUACAGUCAUUGCAAAUUUUAUUUUAUUUGAGAAUAGAUCCACAGCUCUUUCAUGGAUAAUGGACCUAAUUUUCAUUGCUCUAGGACUUAUAUCAUUUGCUCAGUUCUUUUUUAAUAAGCAAAGCGCCUCAAGUGACGAAAAAUCAAAAGCGCUAAUUAAUCCUGGUAAAGGUUCUGGGGUAUUUUUCAAAACUUUUGCGUAUACAAGUUUAUUUGAAUGGAUCAAUAAGCCAUCAUUGGUGUUGCUUCCAAUGGGAUAUUACUGGUCAUUUGUUUUCGUUCUAAUUGGUUCGUUUUUGGGCUACCUUUUUAAUGGGUAUUUAGCUAUUAACCAUGGAGUGUUUGGAAUUUCAAAGUACGCUACAGUAAUAUUUGGAGGAUUAUGCAUUCUAGUUGGAGUCUUAAAUAUUUUAUUCUAA